GUCGUGGACUUCCUCUUUGGAAUGUGUGAGAAUUCAGCCUUUAGGCUGAUUGAUAGAGCAGAGUUGAAGUAUUUGUGUUACAGUCAUGACAUCUCCAAAGUUGACAGUGAGCAUGGGUGUGAGAGCAGCUAGGAGCUUUUUAAACUGUGAGUCUGCCCUUUGAAACUGCAAGACUGCCUGCUGAACCAUUGGUGAGAGGUGAGAGGUGCUUAAGUGUCUGCCUUUGCUGCAGACCCACAGUUGACAGCAUGGAAAAGCAGCACAAGGAAUUUGGAGUCUAGGCAUUUGCACUGGAAGCAGUCAUUUUGAAGAUAAACUCUUGUGUUCUGUGAGCAUCACUGAUAGAUUGAAUGACAGUUUUUGGCUUCGUGGUUAAUGGGAUGUCUGCUGCACACACACUGCACAGCAGAUGUGAAACACGGAAAGGAAUUGUAAUAUGUAGCCAACUGUGGAGUAGAGUCCUGGGUUUUGUUUUUUAUGAGUAUGAAUCAAAUACAUUUCGACUCAAGGCUAACCUAGUAGUCUCACUAGAUUAUCCAAUUUCCACUGGCUUAAAUGAAGAGGAAAUCUUUUUACAGUAUCAAGCUGCCCUCAGAUUCAAAAUGGAUAGUAUAGAAGAACCUCAGAAAAAAGUCUUCAAGGCUCGAAAAACAAUGAGAGUGAGUGAUCGUCAGCAGCUUGAAGCUGUGUACAAAGUCAGAGAAGAGCUGCUGAAAACAGACGUGAAGCUUUUAAACGGGAACCAUGAAAAUGGAGAUCUGGAGCCCACUUCACCUUUAGAAAGUGCAGAUUGUAUUCCAGAUAGAGAAGAAGUGAAUGGUAUUGAAGGGAUUUGUUUUGAGUCUGAAGAAAGUAAAACAGAACUGAAAGAAACACCGUGUAUCCCCAGUGUUAGUGUGAAAAACAAACAAGAAGAGGAUUCAAAUAGUGAGUCUUUGUCUCCUAGUGUAACUUCUGAGCUUGCUUCUACACUAACCACUGAACCAACCUCUGGCAGCCCAGCCUCGGGCACCCCAGCCUCUGGAGACCUGACUGCAGGAGAGCUGCCUGCCAGAGUCCCAGCCACUGGUGACUCUCCCUGCGAGGAGUCGCCCUCGAGUGAACCCUCCUCCCGUGAUCCCACCUCUGCAGAUACUGCUUCUGAAGAACCUGCCUCUGAUGAUCUUGCCUCUGGUGGUUCCACCUCUGGUGAGCCACUGUCUGGUGAACCACUGUCUGGUGCACCACUCUCUGGUGACCCAGUUUCAGAUGAACCAGUUGCUGGUGUAGUGGCAUCUUGUGAACUGGCCUCUGGGGAACCCUCUUCUGAUGAUUGUGCUCCCUCUGUUGAUUUGCCUUCCGAUGAUCUGCCUUCUAGUGAUGAAUCCUCUGGUGGUCCUGCCUGUAGCAAACUGGCUUCUGGUGAGCUGGCUCCCGGUGAGCUGACUGCAGAAUCAGCCACUGAUACUUUUAAACCAAGUUCUGUGCCAGUUUGUGAGCCGAUUCCUGAAACUGACAAGGCAGAGCAGAGUAGCAAUAACAAUGAUGAUUGUUCAGAAAAAAAUGAAGACAAUGAAAACUUAGACCAAAUUCAAAAUAAAGACUCAUUUGAUGAGGAAGAUAAAACUAACAGUAAUGUUGGUGAGAAGGAAGAAACUAUAGAAACACACAGUGCAAUUAUUUGUUCUGAUCUACCUCCAGAAAAUACAAAGAAGGUAGAGGAAGAGCCCAUUGCUGAGCUUGCUCUUGGAGAAGAGGCCAUCUCCAGCAGUAUGGAAGUGGACCAAAGUGAAAAAGAUGAUCGGGAAAGUCCUGCAGAAGUUGUCGAAGUUAUCAGUGAAAAUACUACAGAAGACAAGAAGGAGACUGCCUUAGACAACACAGACUCCAUGGAAACAGAUGAGAUCAUUCCUAUUCUGGAAAAACUUGCACCCGCUGAGGAUGAACUCACAUGCUUUUCAAAAACUUCUCUCCUUCCAGUUGAGACAAGUCAAGAUUUGGAAGAGAAAAUGGAGGGUUCUUUUGGCUCGCCAUCAAAACAAGAAAGUAGUGAGAAUUUGCCAAAAGAAGCCUUUUUGGUCCUCUCUGAUGAAGAGGAUAUUUCAUGUGGCAAAGAUGAGUCCGAGUCUGAAGUUAUAUCACAAAAUAAGCCGAGCUCUCCAGAAGUAGGAAGGAGUGAAAAGGACAGCAGAGCUGAGGAAGAGGAGCAAGUGCCUGAUGGGGAGCGGCCACCUGUGAGAAAUGAGGUUUCCAGACGGAAACGUUCUAAAUCAGAAGACAUGGACAAUGUGCAGUCCAAACGACGGCGCUACAUGGAAGAAGAAUACGAGGCAGAGUUCCAGGUCAAGAUUACAGCCAAAGGAGACGUUAACCAGAAGCUUCAAAAGGUCAUACAGUGGUUACUAGAAGAAAAAUUGUGUGCUCUACAGUGUGCUGUGUUUGAUAAGACUUUGGCAGAAUUGAAAACACGAGUAGAAAAGAUAGAAUGCAACAAAAGGCAUAAAGCAGUUCUUACUGAGCUACAGGCCAAGAUAGCCAGAUUAACCAAACGUUUUGGAGCAGCCAAAGACGAUCUUAAGAAAAGACAAGAAAGCCCUCCAAACCCACCUAUAUCACCAGGAAAGCCUGCCAGUGAUGUCAGCAGCAAUAACAAUGUGACCUACAGAAAUGCAGGCACAGUACGACAGAUGCUGGAGUCCAAAAGAAAUGUUAGCGAGGGUCCACCACCAUCCUUUCCAACUCCUGUGAAUACAGUGUCUUCAGCCAGUCUCGUCACUGCUCCAGCAGCUGUCAGUAGUCAGCCUAAACUGCAGACUUCAGCGACCUCAGGUUCUCUGCCGGCAGCACCUCUUCUUCCUGCUCCCAGCACAGCCACAGUAGUUGCCACUACUCAGGUGCCUAGUGGAAACCCUCAGCCUACAAUCUCGCUGCAGCCCUUGCCAGUGAUUCUGCAUGUUCCCGUUGCCGUAAGCUCUCAGCCUCAGCUCCUACAAAGCCAUCCAGGGACUAUAAUGACGAAUCAACCAUCUGGCAGCGUUGAAUUCAUAUCUGUGCAAAGCCCACCAACAGUGAGUGGACUUACCAAAAAUCCAGUGUCCUUGCCACCCAUGCCAAACCCCACUAAACCAAACAUCCCGUCAGUGCCCAGUCCUAGUGUUCAGAGGAACUCUUCCACCACUGCUGCGCCCUUGGGGACGACACUUGCUGUACAGGCUGUUCCAACGGCACAUUCUAUUGUGCAAGCCACAAGGACUUCUUUACCCACAGUAGGCCCAUCUGGACUCUAUAGCUCAUCAAACAACCGAGGCCCAAUACAGAUGAAAAUCCCAAUAUCUGCUUUUAGCACUUCAUCUUCUGCAGAACAAAAUAGCUCUGCCACCCCAAGAACCGAAAACCAGACAAACAAAACAGUAGAUUCUUCUGUUAAUAAGAAAGUGGCAGAUAGCACAUCACAGAGUGGCAAAGCUUCUGGCAAUGAUUCAAGUGGUGUCAUUGACCUCACAAUAGAUGAUGAAGAGAGUGGAACUACACAAGAUCCCAAAAGACUAAAUCAUCCUGCGCCAACUCUGAGCACUUCGCAGCCCAUGUCUCGACCGUUGCAGCCCAUUCAGCCAGCACCACCUGCUCAGCCAUCUGGGGUGCCGACAAGUGGGCCAUCUCAGACAACUAUCCACUUACUGCCUACAGCUCCAACCACCGUGAAUGUAACACAUCGUCCAGUAACUCAGGUGACCACGAGACUCCCUGUACCAAGAGCUCCUGCAAACCACCAGGUGGUUUAUACAACUGUCCAAGCACCACCAGCUCAGACUCCCCUGAGAGGAACUGUUAUGCAGGCUCCUGCUGUCCGCCAGGUCAAUCCUCAGAAUAGUGUUGCAGUUCGAGUGCCUCAGACAACCACCUAUGUUGUAAACAACGGCCUGACCCUGGGAUCAGCAGGGCCUCAGCUCACGGUGCAUCAUCGGCCACCACAAGUGCAUACUGAGCCCCCACGCCCUAUGCAUCCAGCACCCUUACCAGAAGCCCCACAGCCACAGCGUCUGCCCCCGGAAGCGGCCAGCACUUCUCUGCCUCAGAAGCCACACUUGAAGUUAGCACGCGUUCAGAGUCAGAAUGGCAUUGUGCUGUCGUGGAGUGUCCUGGAAGUGGAUCGAAGUUGUGCUACUGUUGACAGCUACCAUCUCUAUGCUUACCACGAGGAACCCAGUGCCACUGUGCCCUCUCAGUGGAAAAAGAUUGGCGAAGUCAAAGCCCUCCCCUUGCCGAUGGCUUGCACCCUCACUCAGUUUGUGUCCGGCAGCAAGUACUACUUUGCAGUGCGCGCAAAGGACAUAUACGGCCGUUUUGGGCCUUUCUGUGACCCUCAGUCCACGGACGUGAUUUCUUCCUCCCAGAACAGUUAGACCUUGGAGCCUUUAGCUUCCUCUUUUCAAAGUUCCACAUUUUGGGCUUGUUUUUAAUCUUGUGCAUGAAAUUCAAUGUAAAAUCCACCUUGUGCAAGAUCUCUUGGACAGAUGAGUGUGUACACUACGUUUGUUUAUAACUGAAGUAUAAUAAAUUCAGCCCAUAAAGCAAGUCUUCCCCUGAACAAGUUAAGCUUCAGGGGUUUGAAAUGUACAUUGGUCCUUGCUUUAGUUAUGAGGCUGGGGAAUUUGUAUAGGUGUUUGUGUGUGUCAUCUUUGGUUCUUUGUCUUGUUUUGUUUUCAUUUUUAAAUUUCUCGUUGUGUGUUUCUCCCAGUGCAGUCUCCAUUCUCGCUCUCAAUUUACCUCUCUUCUUGUAGGAAGUCAGUAGAUGAAAGACUCUGAGGUAGGUUGCUGGUGUGGCUCUGCCUUUAAGGGGGGAAUCUAGAAGAUCAAAGAAUCUAAACAAAACCCAAAGAAAUGAAAAAGAAAAAUAUUUAGCAUAAAAUAGAUGAAUUUGAACAGAGGAUGUAUUCUCUCCAUAUUUUCUUUGAUUUCUUCUGAGUUGCUGAUUAGGUGAAAACAUUGGACCUGCACCCCAAACUCCUAAUCUGGCUUUUUGUGUUGUGCCUUACAAGCUACAGAAACACACAGACCAUAUGCCCACUUUAUCCUUCUUUCAGCUUCCUUCUUCCUCGCCACCAAGAACGCCACACCUUUUACCAUUUGAAAACCAAGGUGUUAGAGCGUGUUCUCUUCAUCUUCUGUACAUCACCAGAUUUAACUCCAGAAAUUUGACUUUCUGCUUUAAGAACAUACUUUUACUUUUGCCCAUUAUUAACUCUGCAUAUGCAUAAAAUAGGCCAUGUUGUUUAAGAAAAUUUUUCCUUAAACUUGUUUUGCUAUCCAUGUUGCAUUGUUAGAGAAUCUGAAGGAAGUUCUGGUUCAUCACAUCACUUGUGGGAAAGUAUCCUUUCCAAGGCAGUAAAUGUUCACUUUCAUAAAAGAGCAGAGUCCUUCUCUGAGGCCCUUCCUCCUUUUGUCUCCCCUUGGUUGUGGUGGUGCCAAGUGUGUUUUGAUUUCAGUAGCGUUGGACAGAACUUAGAAGCAUAUCCUUUUGGGUCAUUGCACAUAGCUCUUAGACCCAAUCACUUCAGUAUUCCUCCUUCCUCUGCAGAGUAAACAGAUGCAGGCUCACCUUGCAUUUUCAAGAAACGCCAGCUGCAGUGGAGUCAGACAGGUACUUUAGAGCUGAAGACAUCAGGGUGAGCGCUAGGGAUGAGUGAGUGAGGCCUUGUGGAAUUUGUGAAGUCACUUUCAGGCUAUCUUCCCUUACAACAUUUUAAGUCCUAUUUCUGCCUUCUGAAAAUGCAUCAAUCAUUCACUUUUCCUGGCAUUAAAAGUGGGCAGCUCUGCAUUUAUUCCUUUGAUGGUUAGAGCAGGAAUCGUUGAGUUGUGAAGGAAUUGUCUGUGGUGACUUCUCACUUCUGUUCUGUCAUCCUCAGUGAAUUUUGGUUGAUGAAGGAAGCCUGCAAAUGCUCCUGACCUUCCACUUCGAGAAAAAGGAGCCCACAGGAGAAUCAUUUUCCACAAGUUAAGUUUGGCGAGCAGUUGUGUAGGAAGGACUCCUUAGAUUCGUGAUUAUAGUAAAGUGUUGUCAGUGUUACGGGAAUGAGAUUGGAAAGGAAGAAAUUAUUUUCUGACUGUAUGAGCACCUCUUUGUACCAAAAUGGUUUUGUCUUCACUUGUUGUGGGAGGCACAGGAUUGGUAUUCUGUUCAACAUCAUUCCUGUCUAUAAUAGUAGAAAAACAUAUUCAAAAUUGUUUUCACUGGCUGGUCUGCUCAGUAGCCAAUGGAGGUUUCCCUGGAUGAAUAUUUUUAUUUACUAAUCAUUUUAUAUUUUCUAGUUUUUUUAUUUUAUUUUUUUUUAAGUUUUCAUAGUGUUAUAUAAUCAGGCGAAGAAAGCCUAGUGGAAUUACUUUAUUUCAUUGCUUUGGCUUCUACUUGGGGGUUUUUUGUCAAAGGGAAAAAAAUGUCAAAUAAUGGCUCUAGAUGUAGAUUUACUGCAGAAAAUAGUUACUGAAAACUAUUCCAGAUUGGAAAGAAUGUAUUAGGAGAGACUGUAAUUGUUGGGGGGAACAUACACUUGUCUCCUCAUAUAACCUGCCAUGAGGCUUUGGGCAGUGGCCGUGUUGGGUUUCCUGGGAUGUGCUGGGCCUUUCCUUGGGGUAAACGUUAAGUGCUGAUGGGCAUUGGCUUUUGUCAAGGUUGUCCUGUGCGGGGGAGGAGGAGGGGCGGGGAGGAGGAGGACUUCUCCAGAAGUAGCUGCAGGCUCUAGCCAUCAGAACAUUUAAUAGCACUUCACAUUGGGGGCUCUCUUUUACCCCCUGGUAUCUCUUCUCAAAGUAUUCCAAAGAAGCUCAGUUGUCCCAUUUUGGGAAUUCAAGUUUGCUACAUUUUUAGCCUGACAAUACUGGUAAGUAUUUCCUUACUGGGAAUCCUGGAAACUCCUGAAAUUUAAUUGUGAACUGUCAGGUGUUUAUACAGUAAUGAGUGGUAACAGUAAUGUCUGUUACUCUCCACUUUGCGCUUUGUUAGAGUACUUUUCACCCUAUUUUAAGUGCGAGUACACCUCUUUCAUUUGUGUUCUUGCUAAUGGCAUACAAAGACAGCAUCCUUUGUGAUAGCUAACUUACAAGGUGGCUGUCCCUCUGUUUUUCUGGGCUCAAUUUUUAAACUGCAGAAUACUUCGUACUGUGUGAUGCAGUAUGAAAGAAACGAGCUUUCUUCCUUGAAAAUACUUGUUGGGAUACUGUUUACCUCACAGAGAGCUGUCCUCUGCAAACCCCCACCCGUGUGCCAGAUAUGGGAUACCUUUAAAAACGUGUCUCGGGAAUUUCAGGUGCAGCUCUGCAGAACUUUCUUGACGUGCUGAAUGGCUCCUCUUGUUGCUUGCUCCAUUACUUUAAACGUCCUCGAAAUGCUGUGUGUGGCUCACUUUCAGAUGCUGUGGUCUCACCCCAUAGGUACUACAAGAAAGCCUUCCAAGUGUUCUCCCUGACACUUCCUCAAGCCAUUUCAGUAUCCUCAAUAUGAUAUAUAUAUUUUUUUCUGUUUCCCUGUGGUUGGGUCAACUGUUUGAUUCUCAUGGAAAUACACUUGUCCUUGUGCAUAGAUAAUAACUGUAUAGUCGUGUGUGUUUCUGCCUUCCUUAAUUAUUUUCAGGGCAAAUGGCUUUAAAGAAAGAUUUGAGCGGUGCACACAAGAUUAGAGCAGUUACCAUGAGGGGUUUGUCAGUGGAGGAGACUUACUUAAUUCUUAAUCUCCUUGAGCCAGCUGAAAGGGAGGAGCUGAGGACACACUGCUCUCAUCUUCAAAUGGUUUAUCAUGUUCGAGCUUUUGUUUUUGUUUUAUAUGUAGAGAUAGCUGAAUACCUAUCAUUUAAAUAUGUAAAUGACCCCGUCCCCUUUCCUUUUGUAAAUAAGGGAACUAAGCAAUCCAACACCUUCUGGAGAUCCUAGCUUGAGGAUUUUAUCAACAAUUUCAAAUGGAAAUGUAAAAAUAAACCCCUCGUAGGAAAACUUGCAUCCUGAUUUUGUUUGUUACAGUUGAAGUGUAAAUAAUAAGAUGAUGUAAGACCUUUCUAAGGUCUAAUAUUAACUGGGCUGUAGCAAGUUGCCCCAUUUUUUAUUAGGUUUUGAAAGUUUUAAUUUUCUUUCCUAAAUGUACAGUAGAAUACUGUCUGUGUAAAUGUUAACUGUAGUGGGGAUUUGUCCAGCAAGCCUGAAAUUUAUACUUUGAAAUAAAUGACUGGGUUUUUAACAUU